AGAAAAACGAGGUAAGAGGCACAAAAACACUCGAGCAGCCACAUUAAGGAGCACAUUUCUCCUGUCAGGGGCACGGCACCCGCAGGGCUCGGCCCGGGCACGCUCCGCUCACAGCACGGCGCACCCGAGGCGGAGCCAGCGGCCGGUACCGAACGCCUCAGAGCGGAACGGCCCCGGGCCGUUAUCCCCGCGCGGCCCUGCUGCCAACGCAGACUGCAGCGAGCGGGUAGGAGCCGCUGCGGCCACAGCCCCACCGACGGGGAGCCGAGCCCACAGGGAAUCUGUCCCAAUGGCCUCAGAGGCACAAAGUGAGGAUGCAGAACAUGCAGCUGAGCCUCCUGCAGCUCCUGUGCAGAGGGACAGGACAUUCCAGUGGGGAGCCAUCCUUGCUGCAGUGAAGGACCAGCUCCCAUCCCUGGACUCUGACUCCUCCACAUCUGAUUGUGAGAGUGAUGAGGAGCUUUUCAUCUUCCAGCGGGACCUGCCAAACCUAAUUCCGGACCUGUCGGAAGAACUGCUGAUGUUUUCCCUGGAAGACUCCCAGGAGCAGCAAAUCCAGGAGGCACAAAGACUUCCAUGGGAGAACUGGAACGGAGACUUGGAAAGUUUUGACUUUCAGGAAAAAACAGAUGGUGCCCAAAUCCUUGCAGAAGAAGAUGUACAAAUGAUUAAAGAUGAGGCUCCUGAACCUGCCAGCCUGACUGAAGAAAUGCCAAACCAAAAGAGAGCUGUUCUUGAAGAGCCUCCCUCAGAUUCCACAGAUCACCUUGAGGAGAAAGAGAUGGGCAGGACACAGGCCAAGGAAAAAGGGAACUCCUGGCUUAACACAGCAGUUUCUGUGGAUGAGCUGUGCAGCAAAAAGGAGAGAAGGAAGCUGAUAGAGACAAAGAUACUCUCUAAGGUCCUUGUGAAGCCAUCCCCAAAGCAGGAUGUCAAGCCUCCCUCCCAUGGCAUCAACAAUGGUCUAGGAAGACUUGCAAAGGAAGAAACCUCAGCUGAGCAUCUUGGAGAAGUGACCCAUUUGUCAUUGCAGGCAAGUGGCCCUCAAAUAAAGCUUUGGGGGGUGCUGCAGGUGGGGUGGGGGCACAGAGCAGUGCCUGCACAGUCCCACUGCAGUGAGCAGCUGAAGUGCCCAGCUCUGACACACCACAUUGUGUUACACAAGUACCAAAAGCUGUCCCAGAGCUGUCAGUGCAAGUCCAAACUAUGGCAAAAGCCAUGGAUCAGCAGCAAGGCUCAUGAACUGUUCAGGGAAGCCAACCAUAGCAUCUGUCCCUGGGAAGGAAAGGAGUUUUUCAGGUCCCAGGCAGACUUGGCAUUAAAACAAGGAGCUUUCUGGCCUUCCAAUGGAGUCCUGGAGAAUUUUGAGAAAUGGGAUGUAGACAGGAAUCUUGAGGAGCUGGAGCAGCAGGAGGAAAAAACUCGUGCAGAAGUUGCUUUCUUCCCAGCAGAUUAUGAGACCUUCAGGAGGAAGUCUGAAGAGGAGCUCAUGAAAAGGUUGGGAGAGCUGUGUGCCAAGCAGGCCAGGGCAGUGUCCCCUCCCUGGGGGAAGCCUUCAGCCAAGCUCUGCUCCUUCCAGGGACAUCAGGACAAUAAGGAUGUUGCCUUGCUGUCAUCCCCACCAAGUUCUCUGAGGAUGGGCAGCAUGAGUUUCCAGGGCCUGCCAAAACCUGCACCUGUGCACACAGAUUUGAGAGAUGCUGAGCCACAAAAGUCACUUACAGUCCCUGAAGAGGAGCAAAGUGCAAGUGACAGCUCCUCCUCCUCCUCUGAAGAAGAGACAAUUAAGGAUGAAGCAGAAAGGAGAAUGAGGAAUUGCUCAGGGAAGAGCCUGUUGCUGCAACAACUCCGAGCAGCCCGAAAGGAAUCCUUGGAGCUUCUUCAUAAAGCCUCUGUUCCAGCUGAGAAACUGCAUCCAGAAAGGCUGGAAGACAGAGGUUCCUCUCCUAAAAGUCAAAACCAAUCUUGGAAAGUGAGGCAAGAGACAAAUGAAGUGGUUCCAAAUAAACUGAGCUUGGAACCAGGCAAGGGAAGUCUCCCCUUUUCAAGCUGUGGGGGCAACGGGGCUGACACAGAGAAAGAGAAGAAAAUGGAAGCUGAGGAGAUUCAAAAUGCAGGAAAUACUCCAGAGUAUCCUCUAAUUACAGCAGAAUUACAAAGGAGAGAAGGAAGUGAAAGAGAGCUAUGCCAGAAGGAAGAGGAGAUGGAGGAGAGGCAGAGAUUGCAGGAGCAGCUGGAGCAGCGGCAGCCGCAGCGCUCGGUGUGUGGGAAGCAGCCCAUGGCAGAGAGCACCCCACUCCUGUUCCACAUGGAAGCCUCUUUUUUGCCAGCUAUUGACACGUUGCCUGGAUCCCACAGUGGGAAAAAGGAGGUGCUGCUGAUGACCAUUUGGCUGGCAAGCUGUGGCAGAGUGGCCACAGAUCAGUGUGAAGGACAGGUGCCUGACAAGGUGCUGGGAGCAGCCAACAUCUACCAGGCACUCGUGGCAUGGCUGCUGUCCCUGGUGCCUCCUGUGAAGAGGAAGGAUGGUCCCAAAGCUCCAUUUGAGGUGUUGGGGCUGCAGCAAGCCUGGAGAGAGGAAGGCUUGGCCUUCUAUGCCUGCCUGGGGGCACCAGAGGAACCUUCAGCCCAGAGCUGCCCUGACACCCACGAGCCAGGAACUGCAGAACAUCUCCAGGGAGCAUCCAGGUUUUACCAGAAGAUUUCUGCAUUUCUGACCUCCACAUGGCUUCCAGAUCUUAUUUGGUGGAGAGAUGAACUGGCCAGUCACUUCCAAAACCAGCUGUGCCCACUUCUUCCUGACAUUCCCUCUGUCCUGCUCAGUGACAUCGCUGCUGUUAAUCCUGACCCUCAGGCAGUGGAGAAGGUGUUUGCAGUGCCAGAGGGAUUUUACUGGCAGACAGUUGAGAGUGAUGACAAACACUUCCCUGACAGCAGUGCCAUGGAGGCUUGCAGAGACACAGACACCGAGGUUGCCAUGGUGCUGCUGUUUGAGGCUCUGUUCCCGAAUCCCCUGGAGAGCCAUCGGACUCUGCAGCUGCUGCUGGGCUCUGGCCUGGAUGUCUGCGGCCUCCGCCUGCUCUACCCCGGGCAGCACCUGCUGCUCUCCAGCUCAGAAAAGCUGCCUUCCUCCUACACUUCAGAGCCUGGCAAGGUGCCCCCAGUGGUGGCAUUGGCUGUGAGAGGGCCCAGAGCCCAUGGCAUCCUGCAGGACAUCACCCAAGGCUCUCCCAGGGCCCAGAGCCAAGCAGAGCCUCUUGUGUCCCUGCCCCUGCCCAGCCAGGUGCACAGGGAGCUGUGUCUCUGGUUUGGAGGGAGAGCUGCUGGAAUCCUGCCCCUGGCUUCCAGCUCUCAGAGUCCUUCACCAGCUGGGGCCAGAGGAGAUGAAGAAAAAAUUGACCUCCAGGGCUUGAUGCUGCCUCGACCUCCAGCCAUGCUUGUCUCAACUACCAAAGGGGACAUCAUUCUGCUGGUGUCACCUGUGGUGCCUCCACGUGCCUAUGGGGCUGUGCUUUCCAGCUGUGCCCGCCGGGGCUUUGUGCUGCAGGGACUGAGGCAGCUCCAGCUCUCAGCACAGCAAGGCCUGCUGCUGGGCAUGACAGCAGGGCAGAUUGCUGUCUUUUGCCCUGGCAAGAGUUCAAGCUCACCUGCUGGUCCUGCAGGAGGAGAAUUCCCUGCUGGAGCCCGCAGGCACUGCCUGGUGCUGCUGCUGAGGAAGGAGAAUGCCAGACAUCACAUCCCUGCCUUGCUGACAGGGCUGAUGGAGGAGGUGGCAGAGGCAGGCCUGGGCAGAGAGCACAGAGGACACAGAGGACACAGAGGACACAGAGGACACAGAGGACACAGAGGACACAGCAUCCCCCCUGCAGCUGCUGCAGCAGAGCCAGCCCUCUGCUUCCACGGGGCUCCCUACGCCGAGGCCACGCUGCACAGCCUGGGAGGAAGCCUCAGCGCCGUGCCAGAGCCCCAUCACAUCCCUCUGGAUUUCCUGUGCCACCGAGUUUAUGCUGCUGAGCCUGGGAUGGAGCAAGUGGUGAUGCUGACUGUGGUGGGGAUGCAGGCUCUGAAGAGUGCUGGAGAGCUCCUCCAGCACAUCCUGCUGCCUGGCCUCAGGGAUCAGUCUUGGAGUGCAGCAGAGGCUGAUUCAGGAUUUGAGCUCCUAGGCCUGAAGUGGCUGCCCCACCUCACCCAGUGGCAGGCCAGGGAAAUGACCCCCUUUGAGGCUGGGGACACUCAGUGGCAGAGCAGCCUGGAGACUCUGACGUGCAGCCCCGUGCUGGUGUGUGCCCUCCGUGCCUUCAACGCCUUCCCAGCCCUGGCAGCUGCCCUGCAGGGAUGGACACAGGCCAGGGACAGGCUCAGCACAGGUCACAGCCUCCCACAGGCACUGAUGGCCCUGACCCCAGAGGUGACCUUCAGACAAGCCUUCCUCUUCUUCACAGAGGCAGAUUUGGUAUCUGACACAGAACACUGCCCUGCUGUGAAAUACCUGCCACCACCUGGCAGCAGCUCCAGGACUGAAGGCAAGAACACAGAGGCUGAGAGCUGGAGGUGCCGAGCAGAGUCCCUGUUUUCCUACCUGCAAGCAGGGGCACAGGUUGUGUGCACGGUGCUGCUGCUCAAACCCGGGGUGUGGAGCCGGGGGCUGCCCGGGAUCCUGCGCCUCCUGCACCUGGAAAAAUUCAGCGUGGUCGGGAUGAAACAUCUGGACCUGGAUGUGACCUCUGCCUCCAUGCUCCUGCCCUGGGAGGUGCAGCAGGAUCCAGCUGCUGCAGAAGCUCACUGUACCUACCUCACCUCAGGCACUGCCCUCGUGCUGUGCCUGCAGAGACCCAAUGCUGUGAAGAAGCUGAUGGAUCUCCUGGGACCAGAGGAUCCUCAGCUGGCCCAAGCACUGGAUCCAUGCCUCUGGAGGGCUCAGUAUGGCACCAGCACAGUCCAGAAUGGGUUUUAUGGCUCCAGAUCCUACCCCAUGGCCGUGCGGGAUGUGAAGCUGUUUUUCCCAGAAGGGCUGUGCUGUGCCCAGUGUCAGACAGUGCAGGAGCAGGAGAUCCAUAACCUGAAACACGACCCCAUCCUCAGCCUGGGAAUCAGGAAGCAGCGCAGGAUCCUGACCCGUGCCCCAGGAAAACAUCCCAGUGUCCUGGGCUCCCAGCAGCCAGGCAGUGCUGGCCAGGCCCUGCUGGAGCAGCUGUGCCAAACCAGCUGCCUGCUGCUGCCUGGGAUGAUCCUGCAGGGCUCUGUGCAGCCCCCCCCGUACGUGCAGCUGCUGCAGGAGCUGCUGGCCAGCGGCUCUGUGCUGACUGCAGCUCGCCUGGCUGUGCUGGACUCACCUCAGGCUCUCUGCAUCUCCCAGAUGCUCAGCAGGGCCAAGGGCAGUGUUGCAGCAAAGUGCUCCCUGCUGAAGGAUGGGCUGUGCCUGGUGCUGGCAGCACAGUGGGACAGCACUGUCACCUCCCUGGGUUCCCUGCUGGACAGUGCCUGCCUGAAGAACCAGUCGGUCCUGGACACUGCAGAGCAUCUCCUUUAUCCCCAGAAUGAGAAUCAGGCCCAUGAGCUGCUCUGCUGCCUCUUUGACUCCCUGGCAUCAGAGAGCAUCCACAGGAUUGAAUCCCAGGAUUGCUAGCAGAGAUGGGCACGGCCCCCAGGCAGCCUUGGAUGUGGAGAUGGACACACAGGCACAACCAGCUCUAAGAGCACUGUUUGUUUGGAAUUAAACACAGAGUCUGAAGUGUGGCAUUAGCAUGGGUCAGAGAAAUGAGAGUGCUGGAGGAAGGCUCAGCACCCAAAACAAACCCCUCUGAACUGUGGAGUCUGUCCAGAGACAACCUGUGUGUGCAUGGAGCAAGGCUUGGAGCACUCCUCUGGCUGGGAAACCUCAGGAAGCAAAUACAGGGGCAGCUGUUCACUGCAGUGUCUCUCAGGUGCCUGGGAACUCCAUCUCCCCCAGGCCUCAAAGACUUCAUGGAGAGACUCUGCUUGCUGCUGCUGUGUUCUUUGAACCAAAGACAAACCCACAGCAAAUGAAAUGGAAAUGGUCAGAGGGGAAGCUGGAUCCCUGGAGGUUCAGCACACCAGGCUGAGCCAUUCAAUAAGAUUAAGAGCUGGACAGCUCAAUGUUCACCUGCCUGUGCUGCAGCAGCCCUGCCAUGGGCUGUGCCAGCCCCAUCCUGCUCCCCCCAUGGGCACACAGCCCUGCCUCCUCUUCCCCUCCCUCAGCAGCUGCUGAGCCUGUCAUCCUUCCUGGGAGCCCAGAGGAGAGGAAGCUGCUGUUAAUACAAAGCCUUCCUGGGACCCUUUUCUUUUAGGAAAGUCUCUUCUCAGCCCAGGAAGCUCCUGUUCCCACCUGCCCUGCUAAGGCAAAGACUUAGAUUUAGACUCUGCCCUGGUGUGAUCUCACCUUGGGUCUGGGGCAGUUGUGGGUGCCACCAUAUCAGGAUCUAAAGCUGCUGGAGA